AUGCCUCCACGUGGAACGCGUAGGGCAACCUCUGGCGGUGCACCACGCUCGCAGCCAACAACCAGCCCAGGGAGCAAUAAACGAAAAUCCGAGGAGAGUGCUGUGCCGAGCUCCCCACCAAGAAAAUCAAAGAAAGUGAAGUCGACAGAUCAGCUGAAAACUGUAGCCUCUUCAGUUCUGACUGAAUCCCACGGGACGGUCAAACAGGAAGUCGGAGAAGAAGAAAAGGAGGAGACCAAGGUAUCCGUUCACGUUCAGUUGGAGCAAGGGCCGGAUGAAAAGACAGCCGUGAAGGGAAAGGCUACGAAAAAGCAAAAAACGAAACUGGAAAAGAAGUCCGAGCACAUGCCUCUGCGCUCGAGGACACAGGGACUGCGCAUGCAUGUGGGAGCGCAUGUCAGCGCAGCCAAAGGCGUGUUUAACGCCGUAUCCAAUAGCACACACAUCGGUGGCAAUGCUUUUGCACUCUUCCUUAAGUCACAGAGAAAAUGGGAUAACCCUCCACUACAAGACGACCACCGAGACCAGUUCCGUCGGCUUUGCCAGGAACAGAAUUACGACGCAGCAAAAUACAUCCUUCCUCACGGAUCCUAUCUAGUCAACCUAGCACAAGAAGACAAAGCUAAAUCCAAGCAAGCAUACGACUCAUUCCUCGACGAUCUCCGUCGCUGCGAAGCCCUAGGAAUCAAACUAUACAACUUCCACCCCGGCAGCGCAAACCAAAGCAGCCACUCCGACGCAUUACGCCGACUCGCCAAAGCCCUAACCAACGCCCUCUCCGCCACGACAACGGUUAUCCCCGUCCUCGAGACGAUGUGCGGCCACGGCUCCACCAUCGGCGGCCAACUGACUGAAUUCCGAGACCUGCUGGCUAUGAUCCCACACGAACACCAUCCCCGUAUCGGCAUCUGCAUCGACACGUGCCACAGCUUCGCGGCCGGAUACGAUCUCGCCACCUCGACAGGGUUCCAAGACUUCAUGAAAGAAUUCGAAGACGUGAUUGGGCUUCAGCAUCUACGUGCUCUCCAUCUCAACGACUCCAAGGCCCCCCGUGGCAGUAGACGGGAUCUUCACGCGAAUAUUGGAACGGGGUUUCUUGGUCUCCGGGCAUUUCAUAAUGUGAUGAAUGAAUCUCGUUUCGAGGGUCUUCCUAUGAUUCUUGAAACGCCUAUCGAUCGACCUGAAUCAAGUAUCAAGAACCAAAAGGAGGAAGAGGAUGACACUAGCGAUGCUGACUCUAAAAAGAAAGCCACGAAGAAGCAGCCGAAGCGACCGGCUGGUGCGAAGCCUGCAAUGGUGGCUGAUCUCUCUGUCUGGGCAAAGGAGAUCGAGCUUCUUGAAUCAUUGAUCGGGAUGGAUCCUGAAGGUCCGGAGUUCCGUGCCCUCGAGAAGAAGUUGUCCGACGAAGGUAGAGAAGAGCGCGAAAAGCAUCAGGAGCAAUAUGAUCGAAAGCUGGAGAGUGAAAAGAAGAAGCAGACAAAAGGCCCGAGCAAAAAAGCGCAAAAGUCGUUAUUGGAGAUGAUGAAUGCACCCGGAAGGAAAGGGAAAGCGAGUCAGACAGCUACGGGCGAUGGCAGUGAAGACGAAGGAUGCCAGAGUCACUCGGAGUAG